AUGGACUUAAAAUUAGUCUCUAUUGUAUUAUGCUCUCUUUUUCUCCUCUCCUUUCCUCCUACUAUAUUUGCAAUCAAACAGUCUUAUAUAGUUUACAUGGGAUCACAUUCGCAUUCUUUGCAUGAGUCCACUCAAAACAUAGAAAGAGUUCGGACUUCUCACCUCGAGUUUCUCUCCUCUUUCCUUGAAAGUGAUGAGAAAAUUAACGAUGCGAUUAUCUACUCUUAUAAGAGAGAUAUCAAUGGUUUUGCUGCUAAACUUAGUGAAGAUCAAGCCGCAUCUAUAGCGAAGCAUCCGAAUGUUGUGUCGGUAUUCUUAAACACACCGUUAGAGCUUCUUACCACACAUUCGUGGGAGUUUUUAUCAAUGGAGAAGAAAACGGAUCAUUCUAGCUUAAUAUGGAAGAAUGCAAACUAUGGCGAAGAUAUUAUCAUAGCAAAUAUCGACACGGGAGUAUGGCCAGAAUCAGAUAGUUUUUCAGAUGAUGGUUAUAGUAAUGUCCCUUCACAUUGGAAAGGCCGGUGUCAAAAUGAUAGUUACUUGGCGGUUGCAUGCAAUAAGAAACUGAUUGGAGCAAAAUUCUUCAACAAAGGGUAUAUUGCCAUAGGUGGGAUAAUUCCCCCAAUACAAAACUCUGCUAGGGAUUUUCAAGGACAUGGAACGCACACUCUCUCUACUGCCGGCGGCAAUUUCGUUGCCGGAGCAAAUGUUCUCGGCGCCGGAAACGGAACUGCUGAAGGUGGAUCUCCUAGGGCACGCGUUGCCGCUUACAAGGUAUGUUGGCCUGCUUCUGCGGACGUUGCAAGUGGAUGCUAUAAUAUGGAUACGAUGAAAGCUAUGGAUACGGCAAUCUACGACGGCGUUGACGUUCUCUCCCUGUCGAUCGGCGGCGGCGGUUUUUCUUCUUAUUUCGAUGAUCCAAUCUCGAUAACCAGUUUCCAUGCGGUGAAGAAUGGGAUUCCUGUUGUUUGCGCUGGCGGUAAUGAUGGUCCUUUUCCUGGGACAGUUCAUAAUGUUGCUCCUUGGUUACUUACUGUCGCGGCUAGCUCUAUUGAUCGAGAAUUCAAAAACCUAGUUAAACUAGGCAAUGGUCAAAGUUUCGAGGGAAAGAGCUUAACUAAGGGUUUAUCAAGUGAGAGUUAUUCACUUGUUGCUGCAGAUCAAGCUGCUUUAGAUGGAGUCUCUUCUAAAAACGCUCUCUUGUGUAAAAACGGGACAUUGGAUCCAUCAAAAGUAGAAGGAAAGGUUGUAGUUUGUCUCAGAGGGGUGAAUGGAAGAUUAGAAAAAGGAUUCGAAGUUGUUAGGGCUGGUGGUUCUGGUAUGAUUAUUUGCAAUGACAAAGAUCAUGGCACCGAUAUAUUGGCUGAUCCUCAUUUUCUUCCUGCUUCACAUGUUACAUAUAAGGAUGGUGUUUCAAUCUUUGCCUACCUAAAUGCCACCAAAAACCCUACUGGAUAUAUUAGUGCAUCAAAGAGUGUGUUAAAUGAAAAGCCUGCUCCAUCUAUGGCUUUUUUCUCCUCAAGGGGUCCAAACUUAGUAACACCAGCAAUUAUGAAGCCGGACAUAACAGCGCCAGGAGUAGACAUCAUAGCAGCCUAUCCUGAAUUGAAAAGCCCAUCAGAAAUCGAGAUUGAUCCUCGAAGAAGUCGGUUUGCUAUGUUAUCUGGCACUUCUAUGUCAACUCCUCAUGUUGCUGGAGUUGUUGGUCUUAUCAAGAAGAUUCACCCCGAUUGGAGUCCCGCUGCCAUCAAAUCUUCUAUCAUGACCACUGCUAGAACUAGAGAUAACCGCAUGAAGCCAAUUGUCGAUGAUACAUCAAUAGAGGCGACGCCUUUAAAUUACGGUUCUGGACACAUUCGUCCAAACAGAGCUACAAACCCUGGAUUGGUUUACGACUUAACAAUUGAAGAUCAUUUGUAUUUCCUUUGUGCAAUUGGUUACGAAGAGACCAAAAUUCGACUCUUUUCAGGAACACCUUACAAGUGUCCUAAGAAUGCCACUGUCUUGAACUACAAUUACCCAUCUAUGACCAUCCCAGACCUGACCCAUCCAGCCAGUCUGACUCGAACUCUAAAGAAUGUGGGUCCUCCAGGGACAUACAUCGCUAAAGUUAUAGGACCUCCAGGAAUCUCGGUCACUGUGAAUCCUUCUAUUCUGAAAUUCGAAAAGGUUGGAGAAGAGAAGAGCUUUGUGAUGAAUCUUAAGAAGAAGGUUGGUGCUAAUAUAACUAGUGAUCAUCAGUUUGUGUUUGGGAAGUUAUUGUGGUCUGAUGGAAAACACUAUGUAAGGAGUCCGAUUUCGGUUAGCUUUGGUGCGACAAAGCCAACGAUAAAAACGGAAGAAGAACAAGGUGCUGCCUUUAAAAGAAGAAGGGUCUAGAUUCUUAAUGAAUUUGGGUUGAGAAAAAGAAUAUUGUUCUUAUGGUUUUUGCUAUGAUUUAUCAUAUGAUUAUUUAGAGGUUGCAAGUCUAUUUGUCAAUAUAAUAAAUAAACUUGUCAAAGUGUUGUUAGUGUCAAAUGUUAUUUUAAUGGAGAAUAAA